AUGAGUAACUCCAAAUACAAUUACGACGAGAACUCCGAGACUUGGCCGUACUUUGCCAUCACUCUUGUUGGGGUGUUGGUGAUCCCAAGUACUGUCUCGAGUAUUAGUUCAUUAUUUGCCAAAGAAACCAAGAACACAAAUGGUGCCAUCACCUCUACUUUCAAACCUCUCACCUUUCAACUCAUCAAAAAAUUCCAAAGCAAAAGCAAAGCGUCCAAACUUUUUAAUGCUCGCAACCUUCUCUUAGUGAUUGGGUGGGGGAUUUUGUUAUAUUUGGGUAAUUAUGUCGCCCACAAAGAAAUCGAAAGUACUGCGGUUCUCUUUGAUCCAUUCGAAAUUUUGGGCAUUGCUGCUUCUGCCACAGACAAAGAAAUCAAAUCAAUCUACAGAAAAUUGUCCAUUAAGUACCACCCGGAUAAGCUUUCUAGCAGUUUGUCAGAGAUUGAAAAGCAAAAGGCCGAGGAAACAUUCGUGUUGAUCAAUAAAGCCUAUAAAUCUUUGACUGAUGCCACCACCAAGGAAAAUUUCCUUAAAUACGGUCAUCCAGAUGGUCCUCAAGCAAUUACUCAAGGUAUUGCUUUACCAAAGUUUUUAAUCGAAAGUCAAGGUACGGUGUUGGUUUUAGCUUAUGUGUUUGUCAUUGCUAUCUUAUUGCCAUUCAUAGUCAGAUAUUGGUGGAACAAUGUGAAAUCUUACACUAAGAAGGGAAUUAGAACCGAGACUUCAACAAUGUUUGUUGAAAAAAUCUUAAACUACAAGCCAACCACCUUGUUGACGCCUAUCACUAUUUUGGCCUGGAUUAGUGAAUCUGAGGAAAUCAAAGAAGCUUUGCCAAAGUUGCCUCAAGAAGAUAUUGUUGAAAUAUUCAUUGCUCAUUGUAGCCGCCAAAUGGGGUUUCUUGCCAAAGAGCAGGACAAGUUGAACGCGAUUUCUAAAGUGCCGGUCUUGGUAAACGGUUUGCUCGAUCUCGCUUGUCACUUUCGUAACAGUGAAAUCGCUCUUGCUUGUAUCGAAACUUUGAGAUCUGUUGCUUCUGCUGUUCCAUUAUCGGGCAUCAGAAAACAACAAUUGUUGCAAUUGCCAAACGUGGAUUCAAAAGCAGUUGAAAAGUCAUCAAUUAGUACUUUGGGUAAAUUGUUUACUUUAAGCGAAGAAGAACAAAAGAAAGCAUUGGGUAUUGAGAGCUCUGCCUCUUUAAAGGAAGCUCUUGAUGUGGCAUCCAGUAUCCCACUUUUGAAGGUAUUGAAGGCUCAAUUUGUUGUUCCUGGCGAAGAUGGCGUUCCUCCUGGUUCCAUUGCUCAUAUCAGCGUUAAAGUCAUGAUUAAAUCCGCUAAACAUCAUGGUGUAGUCACUUUUAGAACUUUCCCUGAAGAUAAAUUCCAUGAAGAAGAAACGUUUGAAACUUUGAGAGAUCCUUUCAAGAUGCUUAAAGAUCAGCCAGAUUUGCCACCGGCAUUUGCUCCAUACUUCCCUACCUCAAUGAAGACCCAAUGGACUUCUUUACUUGCUAUUCAAAAAGAUGGUAAAUUGGUUGAACAACCAGCAACCACUACAAACCUUGAUUUGUCCAACCUUAAGUUAUCGCCAGAAGAAUUCAAGGCCUCCUUGAAAGACAAAGGGAAGGACUUUGUUAUUGGUACUAUUAAAAUCCCAUUAACUCAACCAGCUCCACCAAAAGAAGGAAACUACGAAUUUAGAUUGAUGAUUAAAAGUAACAACUAUUUUGGUACAGACCUUGAUCUUCCUUUAGUCAUGGUAGUGAAAAAUCCUACUGAAAAGGUUAAUGAGAAAAUAUACGAGGUCCCAGCCCCAUCAGACGACUCUAUUGCUGGCGCCAUGGCUCAAAUGAGAGGUGAACCUGUCUCUACUAGUGGUGAUGAAUACUUUGAUAGUGAAGAUGAAGAAGAGUUAGUCGAAGCUGAUGGAUUGGGUCUUGAUGACGAGGAUGAUGAUUGGUCUGAUAUAGACACUGAUACAGAUGACGAAGAGGACCAAGAGGACCCAAAGGAGAAAUGA